CGGGCCGGCCCCUUCCCUUUCCGCCCCACACCGCCAUGGGCAAGGCCAGGCGCCCGCGGCUGCACCGCGCCGCCCCCCGGCCCGCCCGGGCCGCGCCGCCGCUGCCCGAGCCCGGGCCCGGCCCCGCCGCGGGCGGAUGGAGCGCGGCGGCCGGGAAGGACUGGGACUUGUCAUCUUCUGGUGUGUUUUCUGGGCUGAAAAUUGACCCUGAUACCCUGGUGAAGAAGCUUGACUUGGACUCCAGAAGCAUCAUUUCCUCCAGAACAGGUUUGGAAGAAAAAACAGUGCUUUCCAAAAAAGAGAAGAUGAAGCUGAGGAAGGAAAGAUGGCUGCAGAAAAUAGCAAGUGUAAAGAUGGCCAAGCAAAAGCAGAAAGCUGAAGCGAAGCGGAAGGCAACACCUGUGGUGGGAGACAUGCAGCCCUUGAUGGAAGCCCUGCCUGAGCUCUCUUUCCUGACCACAGGUGACAGGGGAAGGAAGCCUCUCAAAAGCCACAUAAAAGCAAAGGCAGGACCAGCAGACUUUUCUCUGAUGAAGCAAGCUCAGAAGCACCAGCUCCUAGGGCAGGAAGUGGCCCGGUUUCACGAGGUUAUCACGGAUCCUGAGUACAGAGCCAACCCUCUCCUGGCCAUCAGCAAGCACCUCUCCCAGAGGCUGAGGGAAGAGGGGGAGCCCCUCUAGAGCUUCAGCUGGCCCCGCCGGGCGCGGGCUGUGAGGGAACGCAGCCCCUGGCACGCCGUCCCUGGGCCCUUGGGAGCAGUUCAGCUGAUGAUAAAACCAACAGCCCUGCUCUCUGUCUGCAGGAACAGCGCAGCCCUCCCCUGACAGGGCACUGCUCCUUCACAGCCAGUCUGCACAGAGCAGGGUGUUCUGUGAGAUUCUUGUGCAGGCAUUAAUCUCCCUGCAAAGUGUCUUGAUCCAUUUGCUCUUCUUGGGAGCAGGCAUGAUUUCUGAAACUGUGCCAAUGGCCAUGUGUCUGUUUUCUGUCAUUCCCCCACCUCUUCCUGACAACUCUGAGAAGAUUUUUUGCUUGCUCUGUUGGGAUGGUUCAGGACCCCAAGCCCUGGAGCCCGGGAGACUUUUGGAGUUUGUCAUGACCAAUGCUGCUGCUCAUAGACAUUGUUUUCUGUGAGAAAUUCAGCUUUGGAAUAAACAUACUGUCGUACAGCA